AUGGAAGGUGUUGCAAACUUGCAAGUAUAUUAUAACGGUGAGGUUAUAACAAACACACAUGAAGGAGUGACUUUUGUUUGUGAAUGUCCGUUGUCGUUUGCUAUUCCAUGUACCAUGAGUUUUGUCAAGUUUCAAAAUGGUCUUUGUAAUAACAUUCAAAGCCACAUUUUGAAAAGGGUGAGCAAUCUUUUAUACAGAAGUCCUAUGCAAGUAUUUGGUGGGCUAAUACAGUUUCAAAUAAUGCCCAUCACUGACGAUUAUAGUAUGCAGCAGAUGUUGUAUAUUUAUCAACAAACCCGAUCUCACGUGCUGAUGAUAGAGUUGUACGUUGAGUUUGAACAGCAUUCGGGGAUGGGUACGGUCGGUGACAAGGUCAAUGUUGAUGAGCUUGGGGAUAUAGAUUGGGAAGAAGAUAAUAAUGACAGCGAAGAGGAAUUCGAAGCUAACUAUGAAGUCGAUGACGAAAACGAUGACGGAGACUUGGCAGGCAAUCCGGCGGUACAAAAUGAAGCGAAUGCCAUUUGCUUAAAUUAUUUGCCUUGUCUGACUGAUGGUGGUGCGCAUGUCAUAGGUGAAGGCAACGUUGCGGCAGAUGAUGGCGAGUUUAGUGUCGGAAUGGAAUUUGGUUCAAGAGAGUCGGUGAUAUCUACAAUCAAAAGCUACACCAUCUCUAGAGAAGUUGAUUACACUGUGUCUGAGUCUGAGCCACAGACAUUCUAUGCAAAAUGCAAGGGGUAUGGUGCAGGGUGCGACUGGCUUAUCUGA